AUGGAUUCAAAACUUCAGAAAUUACUUGAAAAGGGUGGCCUUGGGCACACCAUUCAAGGUUUCAUCGAUGCUGGUAUCUGUAAUGUUCAACAGUUAAAGCAACUUGUGAUGCAAGAUUAUCAAUCCGUUGGCAUUAUUGGCAUGGUUGAUCGUCGUAAACUUUUUGAGUUAAUUCAAUUUCUCAAACGCGAACAGCCGAGCAAUGGCUCACAAAGUAAUAUUACCUCGUCCGUGUCCCCCACUGAAGCGUUGCCACGCACUCGUCCGGUACCCGCUACUCCGGAUUACACUCCCGCAGGUCGCGUUGCGACUCCUCUGCGACAGCAAACCCCGAUAAAAUAUAUAAACGAAAGCGAAAAGAUUCAUGAGACGUCGAGAACUAAUUUAUCGCAGCGUCGUGAUACUAACACGGAUACUGAUUUUGUCAUGAAAGGCAGCAAUUCUUCCCGCCCUGCUUCUCGUCCGAUCUCUCGCCCUUUGAGCCGGACAAGUUCCAUGACAACAUCAAUAGGGAAGCGCAACGAAGGACCGCAGUCACGGCGUCGCAGUCGCAUCGUUGUGGUUAUUCGUAAACGGCCACUUAGUGUAGGCGAGAUGAAUGAAAAUUUGUACGAUAUUCUGGCAACGGAUCCCGAGAAUAAUCGAAUCAUCACAUUGUUGGAGCCCAAACAAAAAGUGGAUCUAACGCGUUAUAUUGAGAAACAUCGUUUUACCUAUGAUCUUGUCCUUGAUGACCGCAAGUCGAAUAUCGAUGUCUAUGAAUUAGCUUGCAAACCGCUAGUCGAAACCGUUUUCGAGGGUGGAUGCGCCACUUGUUUCGCCUAUGGUCAAACCGGCAGCGGCAAGACUUAUACAAUGCUUGGCAAGAACUCGCAGGAAGGUAUAUACUUAAUGGCCGCACGAGACAUUUAUUCGCGUCUGGAGCCAGGGAUGGCGAUCCACGUUUCUUUCUUUGAGAUCUACGGUGGAAAGCUUUAUGACUUGCUGAAUGAGCGCGAGAGGCUAGCCUGCCGAGAGGAUAGUCGUGGGGUGAUCAAUGUUUGUGGUCUCACCGAGCAUCGUGUCCAGGAUACUGGUCAUCUCAUGCAAAUCAUCGAUUACGGCAAUAACAUUCGCGCAUCCGGUACCACCGGAAUGAAUUCCGAUUCCUCACGUUCACAUGCCAUUUUACAUAUCACCAUCGUCAAUUCGAAGAAUCGGUUCUUUGGCCGCUUCACUUUUAUUGACUUAGCCGGGUCGGAGCGUGGGGCGGAUACCCUAGAUAGCGACCGCGCCACUCGCCUUGAAGGGGCCGAGAUCAACAAAUCCCUCCUGGCGCUGAAGGAAUGCAUCCGUGCCCUAGACCAGAACCAUCGGCACAUCCCCUUUCGCGGCUCCAAGCUGACGGCCGUCCUUCGCGAUUGCUUCACGGGGAACAGUCGUACUGUGAUGAUUGGCAACAUCAGCCCGGCCAGCGGGAGCUGCGAGCACACCCUCAACACCCUGCGCUACGCCGACCGCGUCAAGGAGCUGAAGAAGGACCGCUCGAACCAUAGCGCGGCGGAGGAGAUUAUGAUGGGGCAGAUGCCCACCGAGCACGUGGAGACGGUGGGGCUCACCGGUUCGUUCGCGCAGCGCCGUGCGCAGGAGCGCAAGGUCUCGGGCAGUGGGAUGGGCGCGGGCGGCGACUCGAGAUCGUCGAGUCAGGCUCGCGCGGCGGCAACCCCGCCUCCCGCGUCUAAGCCAUUUUUUUUCAUGCGGGAGGCUAGCUCCAGCGACUCGUUGCGCCCGCAGGGAUGCAUCCCUCGCCAGGGCAGUUCCUGUCCCGUCGCGGGGGCCGUAAAGCAUGAAACGGCGUAUAAAUCUGGCUCCAACUUUAGCCGUCAAGCGAGUGACCUGUCUUCCAUUGUCGCCACCCCUACUGUGAACGACUUUCGCUACGAUAGUGGCGAUAGCCUUGAUGCUGAGGAGGACAACCUCAUCUUAGCUCACCGCCACCACAUCGACUCUAUGAUGGAACUUCUUAAGCAAGAGAUGACCCAGCUGAACGCGGCGGAGAACCCGGAGACAAGUAUGGAAGUUUACUGCCGUAAUGUGGAUCGCAUCUUGAAUAACCAAACGAAGCGGAUCGAAAGGUUACGAAAACAGAUCGCACAGUACAGUAAGCACUUAGGAGCCAGGCAGCAUCGCUGA